GUACACUGGUCUUCAUCUGAAGCCAGAAUGAGUUCCAGCCAGCAGCGAACCUGCAACCAGAGCUCCAUCCAUUUGCCCGUCCUCUCUCAACUACAACCUGCCUCCAGCAUGCUGCAUGGCCCUAGUGGCAGUGACAUGAACAGGAUCUAUUCUGCAGUUAGCAAGGUGUUUCAGGGAAAGGAGCUUCAGAUGAAUGAACUCUACUCCUUAAAUGAGAGUAUCAGAUGGCUUCUAAAAACAGAGAUGGGGUCAUUCAUCAAAGAGUAUUAUCAGAAUCAACUUCUGAAUAAAGGCUUUACAUUUAUUUUUGAGGAGGUUCAACUGCAUGAAGGAGAAAGACAGCUCUUUUUCUUGGCUAAGGAAUGGUUGAGAUUUUUCUCUGAGAUUCUUCCUACACUGCAGGCUAUUUUCUAUCCAUUGCAGGGCCAGGAGCUGACAGUGAGGCAGAUGGCCCUGCUGGGCUUCAGGGAUCUGGUCCUGAUGAGGCUUCCUGUCGAGGACCUGCUACCCACCAAUCUGCCUCUGCUUCCCACGUCCAUCACACAGAUGCUGCUGGUCCUACAGGGAGUCCACGAUCCCAGAGGGCCCUCAGUGGAAUACUGUCGGCUUGAAAAGAUGCUCGAGAUGGUGGUUUCUCCUUACCUGUGGAACUACAAGAACAAAAGCUAUGUAGAAGAUACCAGAGAAACCAGACACCUCAUCCAACCGGAGAUAAGGAUUACACAGCAUAUUUCAGAAGGGUCUCUUCUGUCACCUUUAAUGGAAGAGGAAGGAGAGAUGUAUCUGGAGAGAAGGGGGUGCAGCCUACGAUGCUACAGCAUGACUGAUGGUCUGUCCGACAUUGCUGACAUGCAUCUUCUCUCUGUUACUAGGACGACACAUUGUGGGUUAACAGACAACUGUGGGACCAGUGAGGAAAUGAUGAGAGAACACAACAGAAAUCUCUUUCAAGUCAGUCACACAUUUUGAGAGCCAAACGU